UGAUGGCUGAGCUGAAAAGCUUCUGAAGCUUACCUGAAAUAUGCUAUAGAUACUUCUACUGAUCUGUAGUAGCCCAGAUGAAAUAAGCAUGUCCUAAGAUAGCAGUAGAUCUGGAGUAUGAACUAGUCUACAGAAGCAAGUUGAUUCCAGAUUUGUUAGUGUCUUGAUGGCUUGAUGGCUCUCGCUUACCCUGUCUCUAAACCAAAGCCAUCUUUCUACCAAAGCAAUAAAGGGACAGUGCACAAUUUGACUACAGAAUGCUAUUUCCAAAGAAGUGAACUGUGAAGAAAGGACUCAUGAAUUUUGAUCACAGGGGCUUGGAGAGCAUCUCUGAUGUCUGCUCCAGUGAGGACCUUCCUGAGGUAGAGUUGGUGAGCAUGCUAGAAGAACAGUUGCCAGAUUACAAGUUACGAGUGGACUCCCUGUAUCUGUAUGAAAAUCAAGACUGGAUUCAGUCCUCUGCCUGCCAUGGUCGUCUUCCUGAAAUCACUUCUUCAGCUCAUGCUGAGCCCUUCCAUUAUAUGAUUCGUGGCACAGAUAAUGUGGAGCCAAAAACCUACACUGAUGCUGACAUGGUCAAACAUCUGUUAGCUGAGAAAGAUCGAGACCUGGAACUGGCUGCUCGAAUUGGACAAGCCCUCCUUAAGCGAAACCAUCUGUUGACUGAACAGAAUGAAGCACUAGAAGAACAGUUAGGACAAACUCUAGAUCGAGUUAACCAGCUGCAGCAUGAAUUGUCAAAGAAAGAUGACCUGCUUCGCAUAGUUUCGAUCGCUUCUGAGGAGAGUGAAACAGAUUCCAGCUGUUCCACACCACUUCGUUUCAAUGAGUCUUUCAAUGUAUCACACGAUCUGUUGCAGCUGGAUGUCUUGCAAGAUAAACUGAGGGAGCUGGAAGAGGAGAACCUUGCUCUCAGAUCGAAGGCUUGCCAUCUGAAGACAGAAACUAUUACAUAUGAAGAGAAGGAACAGCAACUGGUCAAUGACUGUGUCAAAGAGCUCCGGCAAACAAAUGCUCAAAUUUCCAGAAUAACAGAGGAGUUGUCAGAGAAGAGUGAGGAGUUGGUUCGCUACCAGGAAGAGAUCUCAUCCCUCUUAUCUCAGAUUGUUGAUCUUCAACAUAAACUCAAAGAACAUGUGAUUGAAAAGGAGGAGCUGAAACUUCACUUACAAGCUUCUAAAGAUGCUCAGAGACAACUGACAGCAGAGCUGCAUGAGUUGCAAGAUCGCAAUGCAGAGUGUCUAGGGAUGUUGCACGAAUCACAAGAAGAAGUGAAGCUGCUGCGCAGCAGAGCCAGCUCUCUUGCUUGUCUCUGCCACCCCCAGUCACGUGGAGCAUUUCCUGUGGAUUCCCUUGCAGCAGAAAUUGAGGGGACAAUGCGGAAGGAAUUGAGUCAGGGUGAUGAAUCUGUUCUUUCCAAGCAGAAGAGUCAACAGAAACGAGUGUUUGACACUGUCAAGGUUGCUAAUGUCACACGUGGCCGCUCCUCUUCCUUUCGUGCCCCAUUGCCAAUCCCUGGAUCUAAUCGGUCAAGUGUUGUUAUGACAGCAAAGCCCUUCCAGUCUGGCAUACACCAGUUGGAGAGCCACACACGGAUGACCCAGAGGAGCAGCUCUGAGAAGGAUCUGAAAGACACUUGUAAUCCUGACCAGCCGGGAACCCCUGGAGGCAGUGACUUAGUCACAGCUCUGCACAGGCUCUCCCUCCGUUGUCAGAACUACCUGAGUGAGAAGCAGUUCUUUGAGGAGGAAUGGGAGCGAAAAAUGCAUUUGCUGGCUGAGCAGAAAGAAGGGGCUAGUGGCUGUAGUACACCGACAGAAAGCUGCUUUUCCCUUGGUACAAACUCAGAAUUCACUGAUCUCUCUGCCAGCUCUAGUAAUCUGCGUGUCCUCCUACCAGAAAAAUUGCAAAUUGUCAAACCCAUUGAAGGAUCUCAGACCCUUUUUCACUGGCAGCAGCUUGCUCGACCCAACCUAGGCACCAUUCUCGACCCAAGACCAGGUGUUGUUACAAAAGGUUCUACCCCUCUGCCUGAUGAUACUGUGUACCACAUCUCUGACUUGGAGGAGGAUGAUGUGGAAGAAGAUGAAGGAGGUAUAACAUUUCAAGUGCAACAGUCCUUCCCAGAGGAAAAGAAAUGUAGAGUGGCAAAGCCACUGGCAGGGAUUUUCCUGCCACCUAUUACUUCAGCAGCAGUACCACUCACUGUUGCAGCCUCGAAUCCAGGCAAGUGUCUGUCUUCCACAAAUUCCACAUUUACCUUUACUACCUGUAGGAUCCUUCACCCAUCUGAUGUCACUCAAGUUACUCCCAGCUCCGUGGGUGCCCCAUUUUCACUUGGAAAUACUGGCAGCAGUAUUGGAAACCCAGUAGUGAGCACUCCAGCCAUGUCUUACAGGCUUAGUAUUGGAGAAUUUCUCACCAACAGAAGAGAUUCAACAACUACCUUCAGCAGCACGAGCAGUCUAGCUAAACUUCUGGAAGAACGAGGCAUCUCUGCCAAAGUUUAUGAUAGCCCUGUAUUAGAAAAACUGGCUUUGAUACAGCCCCCUCGAACUCUCCCCAUUCCUUCUACUCCACCAAAUUCUCCCUCGCUUUCACCUUGUCCUUCCCCUCCACCGUUUGAGCCUCGAAUGCAUCACUUGGAAAAUUUCCUGGCUUCUCGACCAGCAGAAACAUUCUUGCAAGAAGUGUAUGGCCUAAAGCCCUCCCGCAACACUCCAGAUGCAGGCCAGCUGAAGAUGAGCCUAGUGGACAGACUGAAGAGGUUGGGUAUUGCCAGGGCGAUCCAGCCCCCUGAGACACAGGACCACAGGAAGAAUCAGGGGCCAGAGGUUAGCUUGCGGAGGCAGGACUCAGCUGUGUUUUUAAAUGCAGGUAGCAACUUAAUGGCGGGACUGAGAAGAAACCAGAGUCUUCCAGCCAUGAUUGGAGCAUUGGGAGCUGCAGUUUGCACACAGUCAUCAAAAAUGGAUAUGCUAAAGGAGGACUGA